AUGCCUGCCAUGGCUACCUCUGCUCGCGGUAUCUCCAAGGCCUCUGUUCGAGACAGCUUCACUGCUGUAGCGGCCAUGAGUGUCCCGGCCACAAAGGCCCAACCUCUUCCUACUCCUCCCAACUCCAUUUCUCCAAAUAUCCUUCCUCACGACAAGCCCUAUGGAACACGUUCCGCUGCCAAACUGGCUUUGGAUCCUGUCGAAUCUGACUUGGACCUCCGGGACGGCCAGACGGGAAGCGAGGAUGCAUUUCCCGAAAAGAGUCGCAAGCAGGGCUCACCAGGCUUUGAUACAGCUGGUGCGAUUACUCCAGCCCUCCUCGCUAGACACCAUCUCCCGGAAAUUCUCCUGUCCCAUGGACCUUUGGCUAUUCGUCACAUUAUGGGUUACCUAACGACUUCCGUUCCGGGCUUUUCGGGAAUCCCUCCUGCGAAGGCUAGAAGACUCGUCGUAGGCGCUCUUGAGGGUAAAGGAAGCGCAGGAGAUGGUGGUGGAUUAAAGGGCGAAGUCAAGUUUGAAAAGGUUGGAUGGGGACGUUGGGACGCAAGACUAAAGGGACAUGCUCGGAGCAGAUCCAGCCAGCACUCACCGCCCCCAAGUGGAUCCUCUUCCUACUCUACCGGCAUGCCAAUUGCUAAAAACCACCAAUGGCGAGAUGACAGAGGUCGAUUGAAUGUUCCAGGAUCCAGUUGGGCUGGUGACUCGGCAGUCUUUUCCCACGAUGAUGAGAUGGACCACAACAUGGUAGAGGAUGAAGCGGACAAGAUGUCCCUUGAUGACGAAGACUCCUGUUCAUCCUCAGAAGCUGAGCCAGAAGACGAAGUCAUGGGAGGAGAUGACGAUCCAGAUGACAUUACCGACGAUGAAGAUUGGGCCGCAGUGGGAGCUGCCGCCUUGCGAGCUGCUUCAUACUCCGCCUCUGGCCCUGGAAACAAUUAUCUCACGACUUUAUAUCCUGGGGGACCCCACAGCGGUGGUGGGCCAUCCCUCAAUACACUUGCUAAAUCUGCACCUUUACGGCCUUCACAACUUAAUAAUAUCGAUUUAUCUGCAUAUGGCAUGGCCUCGGACUCUCAGGAAAGAGAGGCCAUUGAGGCCCUUUUACGACUUGGUUCUGUAUAA